AGAAACGUCUUAAAGUGGAGUUUUUUUCACUGGUGCUGAUUAAGAAAAGAAAGAAAGAAAAAAGAUAAGGGGAAAAAAAUGGACACUCGAUUUGCUCACCUGCGCCAGCGGGACACCAGUGUGUCCAUGCUGAGGGUAAAGAUGUCCCGCAGAAGGUCUCAGUCCCAGAAGGAGAAUCGUGACCGGGUCGUGAACACACGCAGGCAGCUGGAAAAACUCCCAGAGAUGGCCAUCGCGAUGGCCAACUUGUCGACCAUUAGGGAGAAGACGCAGAACAAUGCACAGCCUGCUAAAAGUACAGCUGUAGAAGAAAGGUUGAAACAACUGGAGCGCUGGAAGGAGCGUAAAGCUCUUGCGAAGGACAAAGAAAAGCGAGACAAGGAGCGCAAAGGCGUUUUUAAGACCGGCUUGUAUCAUCCCAAGGACGCCUUUAUUGUCCCUGCUCUGCCUGUGGUCCCUGCUGCCACAAAAAGAUCCAAGGAGACAAAAAUGAACACAACUUUAUCCCAGAGCACCAGAGUGACUCGCUCAAUGAAACAACAGCAGCAGCAAAUGCAGCAGCCUCUGAAGACACGAGACCACAAUGCUCUGGCAAAGAAAGCUCCACCCGGCGUGGAAAGAUCAACCAGGACCCGCGUCGCUCCAGUGAAACCGACACCAGCUCCGACCAAAGUCUGCGCCGUGGAGCCCGUCGUGGCCACCAGGCCUCCUGUUACAGCAGCGCCCGCCGUGAAAGACAAACCCAAGCACAAAGCUGCAGAUGUCAGGAGCACAAGAAGUAGAGGCAUUGCCAACCCUGUGGCGCCCCCUACUGUCAAAGAGAAUAACUGCAAUGCGACUGUGGACAUCACAGCUGAGCCUCCUGUCCCCACGGAGCCAGAGCAAAAGGAGGUGGAAGACAUGGUGGUGGACCACGAGUCAGCUGACUCCCUCCCUGCCGUGGAGGCGUCUUCUUUUGCUCCACAGAAUUUUGUCUUCCAGGCUCCCGUUGGUCUGUCGGACUUCAAGUUUGAUCCUCUCACUCCUCGCUCAGCAGACGCCUUCCUCACUCCAACCUUCAGUCUUCCACCAGUUCCUUUGUUCAACAUUGAGCCUCUGACUGAACUAAGUGAACCUUCUCCAGCCAAGUCUCCCCGCCGCUCUCCACCUCCAUCUCUCACUGUGGCUCGUCAAACUCCAGGCAGCCCCGCGGAACCAAAGCACGACGUACCGUACUUCAGAUCAGAGAUUGUGAAUGAGACAGACCAUCUUUCGACUCUGUGCGUCCAGUGGGAGUCUAAAGUGGAGGAUGAGUCCAUUCCAGAAGAGAUGAGGGACCGCAUGCGCACCGCUGUCGGUCAAGCCAGGCUGUUGAUGAAAGAGCGUUUCCACCAGUUCAGUGGUCUGGUGGACGACUGCGAGCUCGGCCGUGGGGAGAAGAUCACCACCUGCACUGACCUGCAGGGAUUCUGGGACAUGGUUUAUUACCAGGUAGAGGACGUCAAGAAGAAGUUUGAGGCUCUCAGAGAGGCAGAGGGUCGAGGCUGGGUGGAGGAACACAAGCCUCCACCACGACAGAGGAAAGUAGUGAAGAAGACAGUAACUGCUCCUGCAAAGCCAGCAGGGACCAAAGCGGGAGGAGCCAAGUCUCGCCUGGCUGCGGCCAAAGCAGCGAUGAAAGCCCGACAGCAGGCGGCCGAGGCAGAGAGCGCUGCAGAAGACGUUGUAUGUAAAAGUGAGGACAUUCCCACCCUGGACACUCAGCAUCCACAGCCUCAGGCAGACGCUCCAAACGCGGACACCGUGGUCUUCGACGGAGACUUCUUCCAGGUGGAGAGUCCAGCCAAACGAUCAGGUUCAGUGAGGAGGUCCAGUCGUCUGAGUGUUGCCGCGCCGCCUCCGGCGUCCCCCUUGUCCAACUAUCUCACACCCAGGAGGAUGACGCGGCGGUCCCUGGCUCUGGCACAGACCCCGGUCCAGAGCGCUCCCUCUCCCGCUCGCUCCGCCCUGACUCCCGCUGCCCUGCGCCUCACCCUCGAUGACGCUCCAGAGUCUCUGCAGGAGAGAGAGCCCGCUGUAAAUGUCUCUCUGUGUUUCUCACCCGUCAAAGAAGUGACCUCAGAAGACGGAAGUCCAGAACCACAGACGGAAACAAGCCCGGCCUCUGCUCCAGAACCAAGCACAGACAAACCCGUUCAUUCAAUUCCAUCCAUCUGUGUUGUGGAGGAUGAAGACCAACCAGAUGAGGAGGCUGACCUUGUCCUCCCCGUCCCUAGGAGACUGUCCCUCUCCCCGUGCAAAUCACCCUCAAUGAGUUUCACAAUGUCGCCCUGUGUGAGUCUCAGUGAGCCUCCCACCACCUCCUCCUCGUCUCCUCCUGCUGCUCCUGCUGAGCAGAGCCUCACUGAGGCCACGCCCUCGAGGUGUCAAACACCGGACAACUCAGCUAUUGAGGAAAUCCCCGGGUUGGACUUUGAGCGUUACUUCCAGCCGUCGCAGAGGUGCAGCCUGUCACCGCCGCGGGAGGCAGUCGCCAUGGAGACGACGUCUUUGUUGUCGUCACCCGUGGCAGUGGACAUCGACAUGGAGAGUCCCACAGCACUGCCAGCGGUGUCUUCAGUCUUAACGCUUCACUCACCACAGAUCCAGACAGCCGAGUGUGACCUGCUUCUCUUCACCCCGGACCUGAAGGACAGAAUACGUCAGUCCGUUUGUCCAAAUGACCUCAUGGUCUUCACUCCUCCCACUUAAUAUGUAAACAAACACGUUUCUCCUUGUAUUAUAUAUAUUUUUUAUUAUAACAAGUUUUGUACCACUGUUCUUUUAGAGAGAGGGAAAAAAAAGAUUUUGAACUUGUAUUUUUAGGGGAAUGGAAAAUAGUUUUGUCUUAUACGACGUGAUUUAAUUAAAGAUUUGAGUUAAUACAAGGAAAAAUAUCUCGCCACUCAUUUACUCAGAGGCACAAAUCAAUAUAAUAAGUAUAAAUGGUUUUUAUUA